UCAGUCUCAUUCCAGCAUCAGUCGCGCAUCAUGGAUCUGCGGGGCUCACACACUAUUGGAAUGAUUUUACCGCUGUAUCUCAUCUUUUACUUCAUCACAGGCUCCGUCAGCAAAGAGAGCUGUGAUUCUCCGCUGGUUUCCGCUCUGCCUCAGUCGGCCUUCACAAGUUCAUCAGAGCUGUCCAGCAGUCACGGGCCGGGCUUCGCCAAACUCAACCGCAGAGACGGUGCCGGAGGCUGGUCCCCGCUGGACUCUAAUAAGUACCAGUGGCUGGAAAUCAAGCUGGAGCAGCGGACGGAGAUUACAGCCAUCGCCACCCAGGGCCGAUACGGCAGCUCUGAUUGGCUCACACGCUACCUCCUCAUGUUCAGUGACACGGGCAAUAAUUGGAGGCCGUACCGACAGGAGGAUAGCAUCGGGGCUUUCUCUGGGAACUCGAACGCUGACAGUGUGGUGAUGUACAAACUCCAGCAGCCCGUCAUCGCUCAGUACAUCCGGAUACUGCCGCUCCACUGGAACCCCAACGGCAGGAUCGGCCUGAGACUGGAGGCCUACGGUUGCCAAUACAAGUCUGAUGUGGUCAGUUUUGAUGGCAGCGCUCACUUGCUCUUCAGGCCGGAUCCCAGCACCACUCCAUCAAACAGAGACGUGUUGUCCAUGAACUUCAAAACCCUGCUGAACUCUGGGAUGCUGGUUUACAUGGAGGAGCACAGCGGACACUCGCUCACUCUGGAGUUAUUCAGAGGGAAACUCCUCCUGCAGCUCAGAAAAGGUCGGGGUUUGUGGGCUGAUUUCCACCCUCUGGUGUCUCUGGGCAGUCUGCUGGACGAUCAGCACUGGCAUCACGUCAGCGUGGAGCGGGUUCGAGGACUCGUGAACUUCACCGUGGACAAAAACACCCAGCAGUUCCAGCUGCUCGAGUCCUGGAGUCACUCUGAGAUAAACGAGGUGUUUGUUGCCGUGGAGAUUCUGCUCAGCUGUAAGAUCAUGCUGAUGGGAAUGAGUGACCCGGAUGGAGUUUACAACUUCCUGUCUAACGUGUUUGUUGCCGUGGAGAUUCUGCUCAGCUGUAAGAUCAUGCUGAUGGGAAUGAGUGACCCGGAUGGAGUUUACAACUUCCUGUCUAACAUGCUGCAGGAGAACAGACGCCAGCGUCACUAA